AUAUAUAUAUCUCUCAACAGCAUCUCAUAGACCGAAAUGGAAGAGCUACCUGAUUCUAUUACAAGUCUUUGUAAUUUGCAAACGUUGGAUAUCAAUCAUUGCAGAUUAAAAUCUUUACCUGAAUCAGUCACAAGUUUGAAGAAGCUAAGAUUUCUUGAUGUUUCUCAUAACCCUAUUGAAGAACCACCUGGUUUCAUCACUAAACUUGGCAGUUUGCAGACCUUAGAUGUCAAUAACUGUAUGAAACUAAAAUCUCUACCCGAGUCUGUGAAAGAUCUUGAUAAUUUGAAGAUGUUUGAUUUCGAUGACUGCCCAUUGCCAGAAGAAUUACCAGAAGAUUUUGGCGCAUUAACUCAGUUAAGAUAUCUUAGCUUAGGUGGUACAGGCAUCAAAGUAUUACCAGAUUCUUGUACUAAACUCAUCAAUCUUGAGUUCGUGCAUCUUUUUGAUUGUGAGGUUCCCAAAGAGGUAAGUAACUGGACCAAGGUGAGAAGAUUUGACAAGUAUAAGACGGAAACACCAAUGGGUCUGGGGAAACUAGUUUGCCUUGAAGAAUUGAUGUACGGAGUGAGGGAAAAACUAGCGAACGGCACUGAGGGUGUCGAAGAGUUACGAAACCUGAACAGGCUUGAGGAUCUAAGCAUUAUGAAUCUUCAGAACGUCAAAGACCCAACAGAUGCUAAGAGAGCAAAUAUGAUGGGAAAACGUAGCCUUCUUAUGUUGAGACUAUGUUGGAGCUGGAGACACGUACAAGAAGAGUCAUCAUCCGACAUGAUGUCGGAACAGAAGAAUUCAUGUGGUUUCCAGGUACAAGUGCCUCUCCAGCCUCAUUCUGGUCUGAGGCACUUGGAAAUCAUCAACUUCAUAGGGUCUAAUCUACCAACUUGGAUGCAUGCUCUUCCUCGUCUGAAAUCUUUGAUACUUCAAAACUGCAAUGGAAUGCAGCAACUUCCAGCAGCUAUUGGGCAACUCCAACAUCUUACGUUGGUUGAACUUGGAGGAUUAGAACAAUUAAAGAGUUUGGAUAUCGGCGGAUUUCCUUCUUCAAAGGAUCUCUAUCUUUCUCGUAUACCCUCGCUAGAAGAUAUGUGUUGUACUUCCGAUCCUUGUCCAAGAUUUCAGAAUCUAUACAUCGAAGACGGUAGAAAAUUGGCAGAAAUUCAUCUGAUUCCUUGUCUGAAGUCGUUGAGGUUAAUUAAUAUUGGUCAUCAGGUGGUAAACUCAGUUGGGAGAAACCAGACCUCUCUCACAAGUCUUGAAUUAAAAAAUGUAAAUGAGCUCGUAUACUUUCCUGUAAGCAUACUCCAAAACAAUCGUAACCUUGGACAUCUAAGUAUUAUAGGGUGCAGUAAGUUACAAGGAUUUCGAGUAAAUGAAGAUCAAGAAAAUGGAAAUGAGUUUACUCUUGUUAGCCCAGAAUUAUUUAUCGGUGCAGGCUCUCUUCAGAAGUUGGUUUUGACAAAUUGUCCAGUUCUAAAGUUUCUUCCAGAUUUAUGAGGAUGGACUUCUCUUCAGAAUUUAACCAUUUGGAAUUGCCCAGAAGUGAAGGAAUCGUUAACCUAUGAUUCUGGUUUUAUUGAACAUCUUCAUGUUGAUUUUAUUGAAAGAGACGUGCAGCCAUAAAAUUUGCAGGUACGUGCUCUCUCCCUCCCUUUGUAACUCAAAACUGGUCCUAUAUCAUAAGCAUUUGAUUUCCUAUCCAUUCUUAGAAACUUAUUGCAGAAAAUCUUUGCUUGAUGUUCUGUACUUAUACUGGUUCACUAGGUGCUGUUUAAGUGUAUGCAUGUCUGAUGAGAGGCAGAAAAAGAAAUACUAUGAAUUCCGUUCCGCACGUCAAUGAAAUUCAAAUAUCAAGCCCUCUUCUAAUACAGUAUUAAGUCUUCAGCUUAAUACAGGUGGAUUAGAUAAUGUGGCUGAGAAGCAAAUUCACCACCUCGAGUGAUAUGGCGGCAAUUCAGUUUCCAGCUAAUACGCAUGCAAUUAUAACUUUCACAUUCAAUAUAUGGCUAGCGUUGUAUUUUGCUUUAAGUUAGUGUACAAGAACAGUGCAACAAAAAAACCAAAAAAAAAUUUGAGCUCCAACGUUAUGAAGACAUGCAAGAAAUGCCAAAUAAGUGGCAUACAUGCAAGAAAAAGCGCAUACGACUGAAUCCUGAAAACUGUUUAAUGUCUCUAUGCUGCAGCAGUUUUUGGGAGAAGAGUGCUAAUUAGUGGUGUACUAGGUUUCGAUUCACAUGGUAUAAUAACCAAAUAAAACAGUUCAUUAAUCACUUGACAUUCUUUCCGAUAGAUGCUGGGCACUAGUAUACACCUAGCUUGAUGUUGCCAUGAUGAUCCUUUCGAUGUUCCUCUAUGUUGUUUACGUUGAAGACUGUUAAGGCAGGUGUUAAGUUGACCGCUUAGUUAAAUUUUUAUUGUCCACACACACAGUAUUCCCUUCUCGGGUGCAGUCAUACGUAACUCGCAGUUGUAGUAGUGAUCAUGUUUUUUUGUGGCAAUUUUUCUCGGCUAAUUAGUGACAUUUGUCCUAAUCUUCCACUUGAUAACGGAAAUAUUUAGGGACCUGACCGUUAUACAUAUUCGGUAUCACUCGAAAGUUGGGGUGCAUUCGCCAAUUAUUGAGGGACAUAUUCGACUACGAACGGGUGGAGCAUGGAGGUGCUAGGCUGCCAGAAAUAAUGUGAUAUGUGAUCACAGCGCAUGUGCUCGGUCAUUAUAAUUGCGAGU